AUGUCUGGGCUGGGGAGCGCGGGACCCCUGGGGUCUGCGAGCGAAACCCGCCCCAGUUCCCUCAGCGCCUCCGACAGGGACCCCUCAGUGACGUGCUCCCGGCCACCCAGGCCGGCACCCGCCUGCUCAGGCCAGAAACCCACGAAGCGCCGCGGGCAGUCAGGUUUCGGGUCGGCCUGCAGCCGCGAGGCCCCGGCGGGCGCUGAACAACGAAAGGCAGAUGAGGGAAACGGCGCCAAGGGACCGAGGCGCCGCGGGCCGCGUAGCGGGCGAGGGAACGCUGCGCCGCCGCGACGUGCGCCAAGGGCUGGCUUAGCGUCGCAGGUGGACGCGGCUCCAGCCGGGACGCCGCCGGGACGCCGCCGGGACCGCCGAGCACAGACCCGAGGCCUGGAGCCCCAGCCUCUGGCUGCCGGCCCGCGCUCCGCGUUCUCCGCGCACUCGGGCCCGCCUCUCGGCCGUUUUCGCUUUCGCUUUCUUGCCGAGAGCGUUGAGGAAAAUGAAAGUGGCAGUGUCCAGAGCCUGCGCGGCAGCGGUCGGGGCGAGGGGCGCACCGUGCGGGGCGCCCAGCCUGGAGCGGGCGAGCCGGAGCCUCAGCCCGCACCCGGCAAGAUGGCGGUAGGCCCUGGGCUUCCCUGCACUGCAGGCAGUGACGAGGCUGGGCAGCAAACAAGAAAAUGGACUCCCUCCUCCUGA